GCUAUUAGCUCAUUAAAGCGAGCUCAUUACCUGAGUCCGAUGUCCUGUGUCACAUCGUGCAAUCUCGGAAUCGUUUUUCUCACCACUGGACAGCCUGCGUCGGCUGCGAUUUACUUAUGCGCUGCAGUCAGCGCCGAACCAAAGAAUCCUACACCAUAUCUGUUACUAGGUCUGGCUUUGAAACGUUUGGACGAUUUGGAAGGUUCCGAGAGAUCUUUGACGAAAGCCCACGCUUUAUCUCCUCAGGAUCCACUAAUAUUGAUUAAUUAUGCCGUGGUUCUCGACGCUCACGGUAAACAAACUAACGCUACUGAAAUUUUGACAGCGCUCAACGAUAUUAUGGCCGUUGUUGACGUUGACCGCAGCUAUACCGUUUAUAUCACAACAUGUGAUAUAUCGCAAAUGGCAAAAAAGUUGUCGAAGAAAUUGCAACGUGAAAAAACAGAUUUAAAUACUAGUCAAGAGCCACUAGCUGAAGAGAGCGAAGAGCGACCAUUGAGUUCUGACGAAGUUUAAAAAUCAUAUCCCUCCCUCCCCCUCUUUCCUCUUUCCCCUCUCUCUCUUCCUACUGAUCAAGAAAGUAUGUAUAUCUAAAAGGAUAUAUAAUAAAUCUAUAUCAAGUUUGGAAUAUA